AUGCUGGGGGUCUGCCUUGGGCUCCUGGUCGGUGCCCUGAGCCUGGUCAGAGCCUAUCCUGAUGCGUCCCCAUUGCUCAGCUCCAGCUGGGGUGGUCUGACCCACCUGUACACGGCCACAGCCAGGAACAGCUACCACCUGCAGAUCCACAAGGAUGGCCACGUGGAUGGAGCACCCUACCCAACCAUCUACAGUGCCCUGACAGUCAGAUCCGAGGAUGCUGGCUUUGUGGUGAUAACAGGAGUGAUAAGCAGGAGAUUCCUCUGCAUGGACUUCAGAGGCAACAUAUUUGGAUCUCAUCACUUCAGCCCGCAGGACUGCAGGUUCCAACACCGCACGCUGGAGAACGGCUACGACAUCUACCACUCUCCCGAGCACCACUUUCUGGUCAGCCUGAGCAGGACCAAGAAGAUCUUCCUGCCGGGCACCAACCCGCCGCCUUACUCCCAGUUCCUGUCGCGCAGGAACGAGCUGCCCCUGGUCCGCUUCGUCACGCCCGGGCCGCGGAGACACACGCGCAGCGCCGAGGAGGAUCCGGGCCGCGACCCGCUGAGCGUGCUCAAGCCCCGACCCCGCGCCGCGCCCGCGCCGGUGCCCGCGUCCUGCUCUCAGGAGCUGCCCAGCGCCGAGGACGCUGGCCCGGCCAGCGACCCCCUGGGCGUGCUGCGGGGCGCCAGGGUGCACGCGCACGGCGGGGCGCGCGCCUCCAGGUGUCGCCGGGAGCCAGAGGCCAAGUAG